AUGGGUCGACAGGCCUAUUUGAACAGGCUCGCUUUGGGCCGGUCACCAUAUGAAGCCCCCGACACUGCGGUGGUUGACACUUCUAACCCCGUGCGCCGGGUCUCCAGCGUCCACGCAGAUAGUUACAUGCAGCAGUAUGAUGCUCGUGGCCACCCUGUGAAUCCGGAGUCCAGGACUCUUGGGCGAGAGUUUCGAAGGGCAAAGAAUGACAUUCUCUCAACAAUGGGAAUUGUUGUCAGCGGAGAAGACCGAAAAACUAGUAUUCCAAACGAGCAGCAAAAGAUCAACCAAAUUGCGAGCGAGAAUGACUUCGGACUUGUCAUAACGACCCUCGACCAACUACUAGUCUUUUUUGGUACCUGGUGGACCUCUUCAUUCACUGGCCGAGUACAGACUUACAAACAUUAUGCACACUCUGCUUUGCUUGAGGUUAUCAAGUCCGAGCGAGGAGCAACAGGGGUUCUCGGAUUCUAUUUCGCAGGAAUACCUGCAUGGGCAAUCUCAAGCGGAUUGGCCAUCGCUCGUGAGAGUCCGCUCAAACGGAUCUUCGCCUCUCUACGAGACUAUGCCCAAUAUCUUACGGGCGAGUCACUUGGAAUUCGAUCUUUUUUUGGGCUCGUGUACACAAUGGCUAAGAGCUCCGUGCUCAUGCUCUCUGUGGAAUUCUACAUGUAUUCCAUACUCCAAUCACUCUCUCUUGUGGCACCCUGGUCAAUUCCUAACGCUCAACUUCUAAUUCCGUUUGGAACGGGGUCCUUACUACAGCUACCGGCACUUCCCACCGAUAUCUCCCCUGGCUCCCUGGGAACCUCGCUUGUGGGUCUUUUAACCCAUCCUGGCAUCUUAGCUUUCGUCUAUGGCUACUAUUUGCGUCCGGAUUUGGAGGAGCGUAUCUAUAGACUGAUUCGGCGGCGUCUGCCAAAAGCAACCAUUGCAGAUGAACUCUCAGUUCGAGUGGCAUUUGAAGAAAACCUAAUUGAGUGGGUGGUGCCAACACUGGGACGCAAAUCAGACGAAGAAAUGUACCGUAGCAACCUCACGCUACUUGAAGAUAUCAAGUGUGAGCUAGGUGCUUUUCGAAACUGGGUUUUUUCGUUCUUUGGGCUGCGAUCGAGCCAGUCAUCAGACCAGCAAGCCUUCGCGUCUUUUAGAGACGAGAGGAUUGAAUCCCUCCGAAAUUCGAUUGAGAUGCUACAAAAUGAACUCGAGGGAACACAGUUCAACUCUACUGAUGGAAAUGAGCCGAAUGACUCGCUACCUAGGCCUUCGGGGAUCGCAUCUGAUGCCCAGGUUCCUGUCACUGCACCACCUCGAUUACGAGAUGCAACUGCAUCUACAACUUCGAGUCGAUUGGAUACAAAUGCAGGCUUGCAUCAGGUACUCACAAAUGAGAACCGCAUGUCUCAGUCUCCCGGCGAAAUGAGCAAUGAUUAUUUCUCCGAAAUAGCCACAGUUGAGCGAACAAGUGGUCCAUCGACGACUUCAAACCAGCAAGACCAACGAGGCGAUUCACAAAAUGCCGGGAGCUCGGCCUUGGACCGAAACAAUUCACGAUCCAACACUCUGUUCUCUCAUCCGUCUUCACCAGAGACAUCUCCUCCUACAUCACCUCGUGUUAGAGCAUCCUUGAUUCAUCAGAGCUCUGACAUUAUCACAAUGCAACUUGAACUCUUGGGUAAUCGAAACCGGAAUCCACAGAACCAGGCUUCAAACCUUGCCAACUUAAAUGCCCUAGCAGGCAAUGAUGCCCCGGGUCUUAAUAGGCAUGCGGACGCCAUGGAUAGACGAUCGAUAGCUGAAUUCCUCGAGGCUCUCAUAUUAAGCCAGGCCCAACGCCAGGGAUUAAAUCCACCAGCAGGAGGCGACACUGACGGCUUUUCCAGCGUCACAGCUGGUCAAUCCGUCACGACACCCCAAGAACUAAGUGUCCCCGAGCCAACAACGCCGCACCAGACCCAAGGCCAUGAGUCCGAUGAUGAACUCACAGCUCUGGAAUCCAUUGAAGAAGCACCAGAACUCAGCGUUCCAAACAUUCUCCCAGAUGGGGUGGAAGAACCAAUCGACGAAGAGCCCUCUAUCCAGCCAAUUCCAGUCGCUAUUGCGGAGCACAACGUAGACACGCAGUCCGAUACUCUCCACUUACCUCUCCCGCCUACCUCUCGCAUUCCCAGACCUGUAACCGUUCAUUCAUCGGGAGUUCACCGUGUUACUCUGCUCUCGGCCUACCCAGUCGAUUCACUCGCGUCAAAUCUCGCUGCCGCAAUCAGCGGUGUUAUCCUUGCGCCCCUUGAAGCACUUUUCUUCCGCUCUUUGACCCAGUCAUGGCUGACCACACAUCCCUCGGAUAUUACUCGGCUUUCGGAUGUUCAUCCUUUGGGCCUGUGGUUUGGUGGAAGAACUUGGCCUGAUAUCGGUGCUUAUAUGUGCCGACUAGUUCUUAUGCGGGGAAUGCAUAUUGCUAUGAGAGCUGGUAUAUGGGGAUUCCUGGUUGGGUCGACGAUGAGGAUUGGGAGGAAGUUUUGUGGUUGGGGGAGCUUAUGA